GUCACUAUUCUGUUCAUUAUUAUGCGCAUUGACACAGUCGCAGUACUCAGCAUUGUCACUAUUGUCAGACUCUGAUCUAGAUUCUAGCUCUCGUUUGUACGGUUCCCUUGUCCUUGAUGCAUGUACCGCAUGUACACAUGUGCUAACAAAGGCGGGAAAAGUCGAGUAUAAAAGCUGCGUUCCGUGUGGGUCAGGCUCUUCAGUCGCAGCUGCGCCGUGCAAAGUUUUGUUUUUUCGAACGCUGUUUGUCCACUGGAACUACAGUCUACAGUCUACUGAAUUCAAGGCCUCCCGCAGGUCUGACUCCCUGCCAAUAAUUUUUCCUCCGCUCGCUUGUUUCCAAACCACUGUGAUCAGCAACCGAGUCUGAGGAGCUUAGCUCGGCCCAUUGCAAGGUCGGCAGCAGGCCGGCGUGGCUUGCUCGUAUGCGCGUCGUGAUUCAACCAUUUAGCAGUGUCCUCAGUGAAGAAAUAAUCAGUUACAAGUUCUGAAACGUGUGCCGGCUCGGAGCAGCGAAGGUGGUUUUGCUGCAAUGACAAGCAGGCUGUAUUCCUCAUUGCAGCGAGCUCAACUCUCCGUUGAAUAUCUACAUACGAACAGUACCACUCACGAGUUCUUGUUUGGAGCGCUGGCCGAGCUCGUCGACAACUCGCGAGAUGCAGGAGCCAGUCGUAUUAAUAUCUACACGGAGGAUUGCGCUUCAGUGCGCGGUGAGAAGAUUCUAUGCUUCCUCGACGAUGGCGAAGGCAUGUCUCCCGAGCAAAGCGCAAAGGUAAUCCAGUUUGGUUACUCUGGCAAGCGGAGUCGAGAUGCCCAAUCCAUUGGCCAGUAUGGCAAUGGACUGAAGUCAGGCGCUAUGAGAAUCGGUAGAGACUUCAUUUUGUUCACAAAAAGAGGCACGACGAUGAGUUGCGUGUUUUUGUCCCGAUCAUUUCACGAGUCCGAGAAGAUCCAGGAGGUCAUAGUCCCGAUUCCGUCCUGGUCCCAGGCCACCAAGAUGCCGCUUGGAAGCACCCAACAGGAAACUGAAAAGCACAAGAUCGAGGUCAAUUUGAUUCAGCGGUUUUCGCCUUUCAAAACCAUGGAAGACAUCAUGGGGCAGUUUGACAAGAUUGUUGGAAAUGGCACGCUGGUUAUGAUCUACAACUUGCGACUUGGCGACUCCGGCCAGACCGAGCUUGAUUUUUCAACGAAGUUCGACGAUAUCCUGAUGGAUUCCCGUGACCCGCUCUAUUCCGAAACGGAGGCAAGCAUGAAGCCAGAGAGGCGAUCAUUCCGUGCCUACUCCUCCAUUCUCUACUUUGAUCCCAAGAUGAAGAUCUAUAUCCAGAAUGUCAAAGUGCGUACAAAACGCCUGCAAGAUCAAGUUUACAACGGCAGGCUCUACCACUACACAACCAAGCGUUUCAAGAGGCGGAUGGACAAUGAGGUCAAGAAGGCCAAGGAGCUAGCCAAGAUGGCGGAGGAGGCAGCACGUGAAGCAGAGUCAACGGCAAGGGAUACGGAAAGCAGGCAGGGUACAUCCCGAGAAGGACGGGUAUCCGUCCGCAAUGCACAGGCGCAGGCGGCACGUGCUAGCGAAGAGGCCAAGGACCGGAAAGCCAUCGCCGAGGCAAUGGAAAAGUCGACCCACCAGCCCAAGACACUGGACAUGGUAUUUGGCUUGAACAUCGGCAACCGCUCUCAAGACGGAAUCUUCGUCUACAACUGCAGCCGGCUGAUCAAGAUGUAUGAGUACGUGGGAGGGCAAGCUCUGGGUGCACGAGGAGGGCAGAUUGCCGACAAUAUGGGUGGAUGUGUGAAUGCAGGGGACAUGAAUGGCAUCAUUGGCCUGGUCAACGUGCCCUACCUGGUGCUGGAGCCCACACACAACAAGCAGGACUUUGCCGAUGCCAAAGAGUAUCGCCUCCUGCUCAAGGCCCUGGCCGACCAUCUGGCCCAGUUCUGGAGAGACUGCGGCUUCGACAUGAAGCCGGUGAAGGCUCGAGAGACGUGGGAGCAUUUUGGCUACGACUCGCCUGCCGUGCUUUCCCCGCACCCGGACGAGAGGUUCAAGCGCCGUCGCAACAUGAAACUGCCAGACUGGAUGCAGUGUGAUGUGUGCGGCAAAUGGAGGGAAAUCCCCUACAACGUCAAGGAACCCACAAGGGACAUUCCCAGCAACUGGACAUGCAGCAUGAACAUGGGUGACGGUAUCAAAAAAUGUGCCGACCCAGAGCAGAAAAGAAACUUCCAGAUUGGUCAGUUGCAACGGGUGCAAACUGCACCGGCACCAGCAACAUCUGGAGCUGCUACAGCGUCAGCUGCCACUUCUGAUAGGGAUGCCGAUCGAAGACGAAACCGCGCCGAGGAAGCUCCAGCCGAGGAGAAUCGACAGCGGAAGCGAAAGCAAGAGGAAGUGGAGACGUCCGUUCAUGUCCCCGCUGCAAAGAGAGCGACACCUACGAACAAUGCCAAAUCUGUGCCAGUCGAGUCCAAAAGCAUUGCACCAAGCAUCGUUCCACAGCGCAAAGCUGCAAUGGAUGCAUCAGCCAAGCUCCGUAUGGAACCACAAGUAUCCAGCAAAUCGUCAUCGGCCAAGGAUAUUGUACCAGAUACUCAGGAGUCACCUGCUCAGCAUUCCAUAAGUGAUGACAGUGACGAGGAUGAAGGGCCGAUGAUCAUCCGACGCUCUGCACCCGCUAGGAUCUCACGGCCCAGUGUCAAUCGUCCACUAAUCAAGUCUGCGCCGGUUAGCAGAACGUCAUCAAGUGGUGCUGGACGCGGUAGCCAGGAUACUGCACCCGAUGACGCUGCUGUCAGUGGUCGCUUAGCCAACCUACAAGACGCACCCGGUUUAACCUCAGACAAGUAUCCACUUGAAAGUCGUGUGGAGGCGAAAGUUAAUGAACAUUGGUAUGCAGGUCGCGUUACCAAGUAUCGAUUGGACAAGGAAAACGGCUGUUUACGGGUGCGGGUCAAGUUUGAUCAGAACCCUCACGACAAGUUUGACAAGCAUUUCCCCGUCAACAGUGAAAACCUCCGGCUGAAAUCGUCCUCUUCCCCGACACAAUCUCGUACUAAGCAAGACAAUGGUGGAGCAGCUGUGCACAAGCCUGCACAGAAUACCGAGGUCGGUAACACGCGAGAUUCGCGAGCCACGUCGUCAAUAGCAACCGCCACAGCGGCGGCAGGCACACAGCAGGCUCCUCCACCGCUAGUUGCUGCCGGAGGAGGUACAGCGUCAGCGACAUCAACGGCAAGGUCCGCUGCAGAAACGGCUGCUGCAGAAGCCAUGAACACGGAGGUGGCCAACAAGUUCCGUACGUCUCUGCAGUAUUUCCUGCCACCGACUUGGGAUAUGAAGAAGGAAGAGAUUGGAGAAUUGAGCACCAGCCAGCUUGCCGAGUUCCCCAUCACGGAGUUUUUCGAUCAAUAUGAGGCCUAUCUGAAUAAGCUUGUGGAGAGCUUCAAGGCUGAAUCGGCCAAUCAGAAGCAAGCCUCGGAGAAUAAACUGGUCAGCUUACGGCAAAAUGUUGCUAAGUUGUUGCGCUCUAUCCGAGAGACCGGCCAGAGUGAGGGUGAAGAGGCGGAUGACACCUCAGACACUGUGGAUAAGUUGCUGGAGGCGGUCGUCAAUGCUUCCGUCAACCUCUAGCGUUGCAUGUGUAUGCGCUAGUUGCCGUGGGCCUACACAGCCCCUCUGGCGAGGCUGUAACCUCAAGGUCUCGGCGACCUCGCAGCCUGUCUUGCCUGGCCGUGUAGUGGUCUGCUGAUGUUGUGCAUGUGUGUGUGUUUUGUGUGUGUUUUGUGUUUGUGUGUAUUUGUGUGUGAGUGAGUUGUCGUGGGUGGGUGGGCGGUGUGUCUGUCUGUCUGUCUGCGUGCAUCUGUGCGUUUCUACAUUAUGCAGUGUGUGUGUGUGUGUGUCAGUGUCAAUGGUGUCUCCGGGUACCCUGCGUAGCCACUCGAUAUACGCGGAACUUGUUUAGCUGCUGGAAAUGUCGGCGAUCAAUGAUAGGGUGUGUGUCUGUGUGUGUGUGUGUGUGUGUGUGUGUGUGUGUGUGUGUCUGUGUGUGUCUGUAUUCAGGCAAGACGUGCUGUGAAGAUAUUUGAUUUAUUGCAAUUACGGGACUGCUGGUCAGUCUCAGAUUUCUUCAUUCUUUUCCUUUCUCGCUUCAUUACUUUACUCUUUUUUUGCCUCUUUUGCUGUUAUUGCUUCUGCUGCUGCUGCUGCUGGUGGUGGUGAUGGUGCUAAUGAAAAACGUUCACUACUACUGCUAUUACUAUUACUUAGCUGAAGAACGCACGCAUCACAUACGAGCGCAUGUGGCGGCGAAGGUGCAAUUGCUUCUUCUCUCAUACUAGGUAGGAUUUUCUCAUUUCACAUUUCCGAACGUCAGUUCCUCGUGUCGCAUCCUGACAGAGAGCUAUCUAGUCUCUAGCCAUGCAUCUCUCUACUGGCUGCCCCCGCCCUCCCUUAUCACAUUCCAACAUCAAAGCCACACUAAGGUGUGUACGUAAUCUAGUACACUACCUCUUUCCAACCGCUGUCUGUGUCGUGUGUGCUACUCUCUCUCUCUUUCUUCAAGCGCCUUGCUCCUGUAUCUGAAUAUUUUGCAGCGGAGGGCCUGGUUACGUUGAGGCCUGCGGCUGCUGUUUUUGCUUGCUUUGCUCGGUGUAAGUGUGUUUGUGUGUGUGUGCGUGUGUGUGUGUGCGCGUGUGUCCCAGCGAACCGUCACCGUACACUCUUAUGUUUCUUCUUCUUCUUCUUCUUUCUUUCUUUCUGGCUAUUGUUAGUCUGACUGCUUAUGAAUCUGAGUGGAAAGGCAAUUUUCCCACUUUUGCUUUUUUUGGACCAUCCAUCUCCCACAAGAAUAUUAUUUGCCAAGAGAAAAUCCACGUUACGCUCUCUGCUAAAGAAAGUUGACAAGUCGUAAUGGCAUGACAGUGAAACGCAAUGAUAAUGGACGCACCAGGACUAUGACUGUAAAGUGAUGAGGAUCUGCAAAGUGUACCAAACACACACGCACACGCACUCAAACUCACACGCGCUGUGGGAUCUUUGGCUAGAUUAGCGAAAAAUUCGAGGUGAAGAUUUCCUUUUGUGCUUUUUUUUCAUUUUGUUAGGCUCCUUUAUCUUCUUCUUCUUCUUGUGGCUGUGUGCUGAUGGUUUGUUCUAUUCGCUGUUGCUGCUUCUGGUAGGCUAUGCUGUGUUUGGCUUGUUCUGUGCCCAAGUACAUCGGGCGAAUUAUCUUUUCA